CAGCAGUUGCGCUAGGUAUGAGAGACAAGCGUUAGCAGUGGAAUAUCAUUUUCUGUCAGUUUCUUAUACCUACAUGGGCUGUAUCGUCACAUUUUUACGUUAGUUACAUUCACACCUUCAAACAAAUGACAAACGAGCGCUAGUGUGUAUUUAGCCUAGCUAGUAUUAGUUGUCACAGCUUUCUUACGCCAUCAUCAUUGGGGACAUCCUGCUGCGGACAGGUUGGUGUCAACGUGGGCUUUCCUGGUCACGACACAGGUGUUGCAUGAGGUUGCUGUUUGGUUACUGGAGCGAUGGCCAGUCCAAAUGAUCUGCAGUUCCAAGAGUUUGAGGAAGCAGCGGAGCUGCUGUCUGCAGACCCAGGGGCGUCCACACUCAGUAUGUCUGUCUCAAACACCACCACUGCAGCAGCAGCAGCAGGAGGAGGAGGAGGAGGAGGAGGAGAGGACGUGAAACUAGACCUUUCAGAGGAUGAGGAGGGUCAGGAGGAGAGCUCAGAGCUGUUAGGAGGACAGAAAGCAACUGGUGGCUUCUGGACCUUUGAGUACUAUCAGUCUUUCUUCAAUGUGGACACAGUGCAGGUACUGGACAGAGUUAAGGGGUCAGUGAUGCCGUUACCUGGAAGAAACUUUAUCAAACACCACCUUAGGAGUAACCCAGAUCUAUAUGGUCCAUUCUGGAUCUGCGUGACGCUGGUGUUCUCAGUAGCCAUCAGUGGGAACCUGUCCACCUUCCUCAGUGAGAUGGGAAACCCUUCGUACCACUACAGACCACAGUUCCACAGAGUGACGAUAGCUGCAGUGGUGAUCUUCACAUAUGCCUGGCUGGUGCCGAUUGGUUUGUGGGGUUUCCUGACCUGGCGCCAAGGGGCUGAGAGGCAAAUUGGUGGCUAUUCCUUCCUGGAGACUGUGUGUGUCUACGGCUACUCCCUCUUCAUCUAUAUCCCCACCUCGGUUUUGUGGAUCAUUCCAUUUGAGUGGUUGCGCUGGACGCUGAUCCUGAUCGCCAUGGUGAUCUCUGGCUCAGUCCUGGUCCUCACCUUCUGGCCCGUUGUCCGUGACGACACCAAGGUGAUGGCAGUGGCAACAGUUGCGAGCAUAGUGGUCUUGCACACACUGCUGGCUGUCGUCUGCAAGCUGUACUUCUUCCAGACGGCAGUCCACGUACCAACACCGGCUCCCACAGCCCCCCCGAUUCAAAUGACUCUGGCCACCCAGUCCCACUGACCAACAGGAAGGAGGAGUGUUGGCAGGGAGAGGGGGCAUGCAGGAUGUCUCUGUCCUGUUUGGAGUCACAUGCGGAUAUAAAAAUAUGUAUAGACAGUGUGGUUGAGGCAAUGUUGAUUAUUGCCACUGUGAUUGUUCAGUGCUCCCCGGAUGAAGUGCUGCGAUGGGUGUGUGUGGUUGUUUGUCUAAUUUAUCCUGAGGUGGUUCUACUGUGACUGUAGCACUUUCUUCACUGCAAUAAGUGUACAUUUCUACUGUGAUGUUUCAGGAUGUGGUGCAUCUAAUUAGUCUAGCAUGGCUUCCUUAACACUGCGAUACCCCUCAUUUCAUCAGCGAGACUUAAGCGCAUGAAGAAUCGGCGGAGGAGAAAAAACAGUAAGACUUCCAUCCAGAUACUGUCACAAAAUCAUGCUGCUACCAAUCAUUCCUUCUCACAAGAUAUCAGACGGUCAACCGCAGUUCUUCAGCUUAUAGACGUAAGUUACACCAGGCUGUGGCAUCACAUCAGGAUCAGUGACUGAUGUUGUUGCUAUGCAGCAAAAGGUGCUCAUCCAUGGAUGUGAUAAUAAAGCAGCUGCUCCCGUCUGUAAAGCUACUGAAAUAAAAUUCUCCUGUGAUGUGUGGGACGUUUGUACUUGGACCAAAGCCGUUCAGAGAUGAAGUGACCUCAGUUGUGAGGACAGUAAAACUGUUAUUUUAAUUUGGUGAAUCUGAUGAUUAUUUUUGGACUAAUUGUUUAGUUUAUAAAAGAUUGGAAAAUAGAGAAAAAAUGUCCAUCACAAUUUCCCGAAGCCCAUGGUGGUGGAGGAAGAAGCUGUUCACAUUAUUUAGCUGGAUCUAGAAUUUGAUAUUGAAUUUACAGUAAUAUAAAUGAGAGAAUAUCAUGGACAGCAGACAUCUUGGUUUGUUACUGAUAACAUUAGCAAUGGCUCCAUUAUAUUCAAGCGUCCCAUUAGGACAGUAAGACAGUUUGAAAGUGAGGCUGCAGAACCAUGAAACUAAAGCAGCUAAAUGGAAUUCAGCCAUCAUGGAUUUUAUUAUAUACACUUGUGCUUUUGCUGCAUUCUCAUCAACUCAACCAGUUUAAACAAGUCUUUACAUCGUUUGUAUCUGGUUUCAUGUGUCGACAAAUUUUUAGUCUAAGUCAGAGUAUUUAAGUUUGUGAGUACAAAGCUUGCAGUAAUGUGUGAAUGCAGCAAUUUCCUACUGUGACAUGUCAAAAUGCAUUCCAUGAUAAAGGCCAAAUUGUUGCAAAAAGUCACAAACCCCUAAAAAGAAAUCGGCUUUGGUGAGCCCCUGAAUUCUGGUCAAGCAGUCAUCAAGUUGAAAUUUCAGUUUAUGCCCAAAAACCUGCAAAAGUGAUGCUGUUAUCGCCUGUACUUUGUGUUUAGUGCUAUUUAGCAAAUGUUUGCAUGCUAAACUAAGAUGGCAAAUAUGGUGAACAUACUGCUAAACAGCAUGUUAGCAUUAUCUUUGUAUUUUAUCAUGUUGACGUUAGCAUUAGCUCACUUGUCUCAGUGCAGAGCUGCUGGGUGCAGCUGUGUGUGGCUGCACACUCUCAGUCUUGCAGCUUGAUGAAUGACAUGCUGAUUAAUCAUUUUCAUUUCAGCCCUGAGUGAAACUUUCUCAGAGUUGCACAUCAGACACGUUUGAAUGCCGUAAAGCGGGGUCGCUCUCUCCUAACGGCCUCAGCUUUCAGCAAACGACGCAACAUUUCAAAAGUUAACAGACGCGUUGUUCGUAAGUGAAAACAUUAGAUCGUGUGAAUUUGCUCCAUGAAGCAGCUUGCUUCAGUCGCAGAUGUGGGGUAGGAAGCCAGUCCAGAUGGUAGUGCAGGAUUAUGAAUGUGUUCCAAUGAACAGAGACUGGAAAAGGACCCCUGCUGAUGCACCACACCACUUCUCCUGCCCGAGAGAAACACGAGGAGCUCAGCCUCUAAGCCCUCACUGACAAAACGACUUCAUUUACUUUAACUGCAUUCAUGGUUUAUUGUAAGUUGAGGACCAGGUUAAUGUCUGCAGAACUAUUUAUUCCCUCCUGUGAUGCUGUUUAGGGUUUUUGUUAAUAAACUUGAAGUC